AUGGCUGCCCGCAGCAAGGCACCCACCGUUGGGUCCGCUGGAUGGAUCCUCGAAGAACGCCAUCAAUCGAACACGCUCGUAUCCCAGGAAUUGGAGGAUUUUGGCUUCUCUGUGCGCAAUGAGCUGGAAUGGCUCAACGAACACAUGUUCGAUAUUUUGGCCAGCGACAGACAACACAACCUUGAUGUCUUCAAGACACCCGGCAAGUUACGCGGCAAGACGCCUCGUACCGCGCGAAAGAAGGCGGUGGAUCGCCAGCCCCUCGCCAGUAUCCAAUCUGCGAACGCGCAGAAACGCACAAGCGCCGCCGAAGAAAGUCUAAGAAACGUCAAGGCCAGAUUCCAGAUUGCCGAAGACGCAGAGAACACAGUACGACAGUCGCCCGCUGUCAUCCGCACGCCCAUUGCUCGACAGCUGUUUGCCAAGCCCGAGAGCGCUGGCAAGGAGAACGUCGACAGCAGCUUCCAAGCGAAUGUAUUCGAGAAGCGCCCAACACAGCCUCCCGCGCCAGCAUGGAACCCGAUCCAAUCCUCGCAAGAGACAGUAAUGACCUCAGAAGCCAGCGAAGUCUUCUCACCACCACAGAGCUUCUCCACUCAGCCGACGCAACCAACUCAGUCGUUCCGUCACUCAAUACACGACAAGGAGGAAGACCGCGAUACUGGCGAUUCUUUCGUCUCAGCAAAUGAAGGUUUCGCGAGCAAGAAUGCCUCGAGGGACGCGUCACGUGCAAAGGACGCAGAUGCGAUGGACGUCGACGACGAGUACAAGGCUGACCAGUCGCGAUCUGAGGCUGAUGGUACCAUGAUUCACCAUGAUCUCUCUAAUGGAGAGGACCAGGAUAUGGAGGAUAUGGCCGACUUCCCCGAGCCACCACGCGUGGUAUCCGAGCAGUACAGUAUCUCUGCUGAAACCCACGAGGCGCUCGACACAGCAAAUAACGGCGCUCUGGCUCCCGAGCCCAAGACCACAUAUGCCUUCGACCACUCCACAACACCAUCAGGUCCGCCGCCCGCGUCUCCCGAACCCGAAACCCACAACGACACACUCAUCCACCAUGAUGUCGACGAUCAGAUGGACAUCGAUGAUGACGUGCGCUCGCCCUCGGACAACUCCAGUCCUGUGAAGCCGCUCGUUAGGAAGAGCAGUCUUAAUUUCGCCUCUCUACCCGCGCGUGAACCGUUACUCCCAAAGAAGAGCAUGGGCAACCGCGUAUCGCGCAUCAGUCACAUCGACCAGAGCAAGGCUCGCAAUAGCCAUAUGGGUAGAUUCACAGGAGGCAAAAGCCUGGGCGGUUCACAGCUCGCGCACCCUGCAGAGGUACAACCUGCCGAUGGUAUGGACGUCGACGUGGAGCGCCCGGAGCUCCAGCGGGAGGAGUCGAAGACAACGAAGAUUCACAACAAAACUUCCACGCAGCGUCUGUUUGAGCGCAUCAACAUGCUCAAGCAGCAAAACGAAGCACCGAAACGCAUUAGUCAGAAUAUCGUAUCCGCACAGUCGCAGCCCGAGAGUUCUACUACACAAGCAAAGGAAGAAGUCGCACCUGUGCAGACUUCGCAACCAACAUACCCGAGUCUCCCAGCACCCGAAGCCGCACAGGAGGAAGAUGACGACGACGAUUGGAUCUCACCGGUUCGAACAGCAGCAGUCGCACCCAAGGUAUCCAGACCGGCUUACAACAAGAACUAUACUGCUGACGCCCAGCCAUCUCCGGCCAAACAUGUACCCGCAAAACUCACUUCAAUUUCAAAUCCAGAUCUCUCAGCAGUUGCUGAAUCAACCACGCCGGUUGGCUCUCCGACUAGUAAGAAAUACAUGGAUGGCCCCCUCAGCGCAUCGAAGUCUAAAUUGUAUUCAGCAUUCCGCGCAGCGAAAGAGAAGCUCAUCGGGUCGAGUGCUACCAGCGCUCAGGUCAAGAUGGACGCUCUUAAGGAAAGCCCUGCAAGACCCAAGUUGCCCUCCUCAGAUGCAUCAGACGAAGUCUUCAGCAGCCCCAAGCGGACAGAGAAACCAACCUCCAUCUUUACUCACAUGCGCUCGCCUUCCAAAGACUCUAUCAAGUCUGGCAAGAGUGUUACAAUGCCGGGUAGCCCUCUCAAAGGCGAUGGCCGCCGGACCCGCAGCUCCACCGAGCGCGAGAAGCAGAAGGAAAGGGAUACACGAGAGAAGGAGAUGCGCGAGACUAAACAGCAGCAGCGUGCGGAGGACAGACUCAGGCAGAUGCGCGAGAAGGAGCAAAGCAAAGCCGCUGCACAGGCCCAGAAGGCUAGGGCUAUGGGGGCGAAGACACCAUCAGCAAUGUCGUCUCAGUCAAGCCUCAGACAGCCUAAUGCCGUGGCUGGAAACAAGACGCCGGCUCAGGCAGCGCCCCAGCCGCCUGUGUCUCGCCCUGGCAUUCCUCGAUCGAACACUGCCUCUUCCAGAGAACAAGACAUUGACUCCGGUGACGAGAUGCCACCCCCGCCUCCACCAAAGAGCCUUCUGCCUACUACUAAGACCACCAAAGCACCUCUUCGAGAGCCUAGGAAACUUGCUAAACCAACGAGCAAGGACGCUAUAACAGCGAAAGCACCACAGAAGAUCAUGGUCAACCUCAAGAGCAGCCAGUACGGUCAAGCCCCACCCCCUGCGGCUCGUCCAGCCCCUUCGUCUAGCAAACCUCUCCCUUCGGCUCCUCAGAACUUAAACAAGUCUGUCGGGCCGGCAUCAAAACCGGUUCCAGCUGCGUCAUCUCGACCAGCUUCAGCUCUAUCUACCAAGUCUGUACCUGGAACCAAGACAGCAAAGUCUAUCGCUAAGCCCGCUGCAACCAGAGUUGCUCGAGCGCAAACAGUUGUCGAGAAGUCCAAAGCCUCAGCGUCUCAGCCACCUCGAUCUGAUCUCGGAGCCGCCCGACCAGUAUCGCGGAUGCAAACGGUCCAAGACGCCAACCGUAUUAACAUUCCUCCGGUCAAUCCUGCUAAGCCUCCUCCCAAGCGGCAGUUCCCCGGUGAGAGCGAUGAGACUCUUCACCGUCCAGCCAAGAGACCUUCGCAGCAGGCGAAGAAUCUCAACCCAACAACCCCAGGCCACGCUCAGUUCGCGAAGGGCAAGAUUCCCUUCGCUGAGUCCGCAUACCAACCGCAGUCUCAAGCUCCCCAAAUACAAUACCCUAACGGAGACGACAUCAAGCUUCCCGAGAUCAUGACCGACUCAGAGGAUGAGGACUCCGAGAACGAGUUUGAGCAGCCGAGCUGGGUUAAUACCCCCAACCUACGCGAGAUGCUCAGCAACCAACAGCUCAUGGACCCUGAGCAUAUCUUCGGACCCAUCGCACCCUUGGAGAUGGAAAAGGUAUUCCCUAACAAGGAACGCCACAAGCGUUUCCGCGAGCGCACCAGCAGCGCCUACUGGGCCAACGACGAAGUCACAGCCGAGGAAAAGCGCAAGGAGCGCGAGGCGAGAGAACGUCUCGUACGUGACGGCGGCUGGACAUACAACCCCUCGCCGCUUCCUAAACAAUCAGGUUCUUCUCGUUAA